AUGUGGGGAAAAGGCAAAAAACUAGAGAUCCACAACAACCCGUUGACUAGGUCCCUAAUAGUCAGGAUCCCUAGCGAGUACCUGAGAACAAAAAUUCUGGAGAAAGGGGCCUGGUAUGUUGGUGACUCAAUGUUCCACACGGCAAAAUGGACCGCUGGUCAUUCAAAGGAAAGCUCCUCCUCAACUACGAUUCAACUUUGGGCUCACCUGACUGGUGUUCCGCUAGACCUGCGCCAUCAAAAAGGACUCAGCUUAAUUGCGGGCCUCAUAGGAGAACCUAAGGAGACAUAUGACUAUACAAAGAACCUUGUCAGCCUUACUAUGUCUCAUGUCAACGUGGAAGUAAAAAUGUCUAAUGAGCUACCUGAUGUGGUCGAAUACGAACGAGAAAGUGGUGAAGUGGUUGAAGUUUUUGUGGAGUAUCCAUGGUUACCUCCAAAAUGCUCCCAUUGUCACGAACUUGGCCACAUUGCCAAGAACUGUCUCCUUCUCCCGCCACCAAGUAAGAAUGCUCCGCCAAGUAAGAUUGUCCCGACAGCUCCUGCAAAAGGAAAAGAAGAAAAGCCUCAGCCCACGAAGUUGGCAGAUGGGCAAGCUUCCGAUCCAGAAAAGACCACGGAAAAAACCACUAAGUCAAAAUCUUCUCCAAUCCUUCCCAACUUAGUGGGAGCUUCUCAGUUAUCUGCUCACAAUGUCUCACGCCUCAAACCUUUAAGGGACAACACCUUGAAACCUCCUCUAAAAACGCCUAUAGCCCUUCUCCCCAAUGCCUUACCUCCAGCCCAACCCCCACCAAAAACUCUGUCCCCAUCAAAAAGCCUUCCCCUUAUCAUCGCCCUCCCAGCCUCUAUAACUCCCUCGGGAGAUCCUUACCCGUAUAGUCCCCCCGCCCCAGAAAAAGCUUCUCUCAAAAGAUUCCGAUCCCACCCCACCUUAACCUCUUUUGUUCCCCCUGAUUCUUCAUCCACCCCUAUCAUCCCAAAGACCCGUCCCGCCACCCCUGGUAUAAAUGAUCCGGAUAAGCACAAACCCUUUUGUGAUUGGCUUAAUAGCCAUCAGCCCCUUUUUGGCUCUAUCCUAGAGUCCCACAUAAAAGAUUCUAACUUAAACCAGCUCCUAACUAAGUUUUGCCAGGGAUGGAGUUAUACCUCAAAUCAUUUGUCAGAUGAUGAUGGUCGUGUAAUUCUCAUCUGGAGACAUCCGGCUACGGUGCAAGUCCUCCACCAAUCCAGGCAAACCCUUACCUGCCAAAUCAAACUUCCUAAUGCUCAGUCAUUUGCCUACACGGCUGUCUAUGCUUCCAAUCUUGCUGAAGAGAGAACUGACCUGUGGGUGGAGCUCCUAAAUGUCCAUCAGUCACUAUCUCUUAACUCGGCUCCAUGGAUGAUUGGAGGAGACUUCAACCAAAUCAUUCACCCAUCCGAACACUCAAACCCAGAUGUUCUUACCUUGGACUCGAGAAUGAUGGAAUUUAGGGAUUGCCUCACUCAGACUGGGAUGUUCGAUUUCAGGUUCCAGGGACCCCUCUUCACUUGGAAGAAUAAUCAGUCGGAUUCACCAAUUGCGAAAAAACUAGACAGGCUCCUAGUCAAUUGCCACCUCAUAGCAAUGUUCCCCAAUAGCAUUGCCUCAUUCCUUCCUCCCCAAACCUCUGACCAUUGUCCCUGCCUUAUUGACCUAUCCCACCGCCUCCCUAAAGCCGGUACCCGUCCCUUCAAAUUUUUCAACUACCUAACCAAGCACCCAGACUUUCACCAUGUGGUUCUAGAGGCUUGGAUUCAGGCCGGAAGCUUUGCUCCCACGCUCACUAAACUGUGCUGGAAACAAAAAACCAUCAAGAGUUCACUGAGAGAGUUAAACAAAGAGAAUUUCUCACACAUUCAAAAGAGAGUUAGUGAGGCUUACAGUUUGUUGCAAGUUGUGCAGGUACAAGCACUCCAGGCGCCAUCCCAACAGCUCUUUAGCCAAGAAAGAUCGCUCCACGAGAACUGGACCUUCCUGAAAGGGAUAGAAGAGAGCUAUUUCAAGCAGAAAUCAAGAAUCAACUGGCUGAAAGAAGGGGAUCAGAACACUACCUACUUCCAGAGAAUCGCUCAGACAAGAACAAGCUACAACUCCAUCAGGUCCUUCCUCCACCCGUCAGGUGCCUUCAUUGAUGACCCAAUAGAGAUGAGCUUUCAUGCCAUAAAUCAUUUCAAAUCAAUUCUGGGGCCUCACACUUUACCACCAGUCGCUCUUCCCUCUCCACCAACUUGGAUUCAAUCUCUCUCAACCUUCCGUUGUUCCCCUGCGCUUCACCAACAAAUGUUAAAAAAGCCAUCAGCUGAAGAGAUUAAAAAGGUUAUGUUUCGACUUAACCUGAACAAAUCGUCAGGACCAGAUGGACUAACCUCAGGGUUCUAUAAGGCUUCUUGGGACAUUCUGGGGCCUGAAGUAACAACUUCUAUCUCCGAUUUCUUUGACAACUUUUUCAUGCCUGCGGCUACAAAUGCAACCAUCCUCACCUUGAUUCCGAAAAAGCCAGGCGCCUCAAAGAUCACAGACUACAGACCCAUCUCCUGCCUUAACACCCUCUAUAAAGUGGUCUCAAGACUCCUAGUUCGAAGGCUGAAACCUUUGCUACCUGAUCUCAUUCUCCCGAAUCAAACUGCAUUUUUCAAGGACAGAUUGUUAGUUGAGAACACAGUGUUGGCAGGGGAAAUAGUUAAUGGUUACCACAAAACUAAAGGUCCUAAGCGAAUCACUAUAAAAGUAGACAUAGCAAAAGCUUUUGAUAGUGUCUCUUGGGACUUCAUGUUCAACUGCCUAGAAGGAUUAGAGUUGCCAGAGGAGUUUAGAAAGUGGUUAAAGGCUUGCAUAUGUACCACUAACUUCACGGUGGGGUACAAUGGCAUGGUACAAGGCUAUUUCAAGGGCAAGCGGGGUCUGAGGCAAGGUGACCCUUUGUCUCCCUAUUUGUUUGUAAUAGCAAUGAAUUGCUUAUCCCUAAUGUUGAAUAAAGCGGCAGAAGAGCAGAGAUUUACCUAUCACCAUGGAUGUGCCGAAUCCAAGCUCACUCACCUUUGCUUUGCCGACGACCUUCUUAUCUUCGUGGAGGGAACUUUGGACUUUGUACAAAAUGUCUUGCAAAUCCUCCAUGAGUUCCAAAAACGAUCCGGUCUGGCCGUGAGUGUCCAAAAGUCCAGCUUCUUUGCCUCUGGAGUGUCCCAAACUGAUUGCGACUUGAUAAAAUUUUCCACGGGCAUGCCCCAAGGAUCUCUGCCGGUCAGAUAUCUAGGAGUUCCUCUUAGUAGCAAGAAGCUGAGCAUCACGAACUGUGAAGUACUCAUCCAACAAGUCAAAGCCCGCCUAACUUCUUGGAGCUCACUGUCGCUGUCCUUUGCAAGGCGUCUGGUGCUGAUAAAAACGGUGAUCGCAGGAAUUUCCACCUUCUGGUGCUCAUCUUUCAUCCUGCCAAAAGCCUGCAUCAAGCGAAUAAAUUCAAUGUGCAGUUUUUUUCUAUGGAAAGGGAGCUUGGAGGGCCACCACUCGGCUAGAGUUUCUUGGGAAACGGUUACAAAGACUAAAGAAGCAGGAGAGCUAGGGAUUAGGGAUCUGAUUACCUGGAACAAAGCUUGCUGUUUGAAACUGAUCUGGUUGCUCUUCUUUCAGUCAGGAUCGGUCUGGGUAGCUUGGUUCAAAGCGCGAAUUCUUGAUGGGAACCUGAGUAAUUUCUGGACCGUUAAACCCAAUCCUAGAAACACUUGGCUUGUCAAUAAGCUGCUAAAGUUAAGGGAAGACAUCUACCCGUGGAUUAGACUACGGAUCGGAAACGGAGAGGAAUGUCGAUUCUGGUCUGAUAAUUGGUCACCUUUUGGCAAUAUCCUAAACUAUCUGCAAGGGAGCGAAAAUUCAAGGCUAGGUAUCACUAUGACGGCGACUCUAGCUAGCCUUCAUCGCCGGAAUCGAUGGCAAAUGCCGCCUGCAAGAUCUGACAAUUUAGUCAGCCUCCAAGCUCAUCUAACGACAGUCUCUCUGUCUACGGAGCCGGACUACUAUGAAUGGGAAAUUGACAGACGGGUCUAUAAGAAAUAUGGAACAGGAGAGGUCUAUAGACAACUAAGAGGGGAGAUGAUGGCGGUACCUUGGUUUAAGGCUGUUUGA